UUCUUCCGGAGGAUUGUUGCCGUGCAAAAGCGUAGGUGCGGUAUUAACAGUCAGGGCUCUGCGACAGGUUCCCCGUAGAGGACCAACCGCCAACUCCCAACUUUCACCUUUGGGUUGGGUUCCCCCCACCACCACUCCGGCGCCUCCUUAGCGACGCCCCCGGCGUAAAGCCCGCCCAUUGUUGAGCACGCCGAGCCACCACUUCCGCCCUCGCCUUCCACUGAGCAAGAUGGCUGAGGAGCCGGAGUCCGCGUUGCAGCUCCCUCCCUCAACUGCUGCUGAUGGCGAAGGACCUACAGAGGUCUCCCCAGAAACAGCCACUCCGGAGCCCCCUUCUUCCGCCGCGGUCUCCCCGGGGACAGAGGAACCUGCCGGCGACACGAAGAAAAAAAUUGAUGUCCUGUUGAAGGCUGUGGGAGACACCCCUAUAAUGAAAACAAAGAAGUGGGCUGUAGAGCGAACCCGAACCAUUCAAGGACUCAUUGACUUCAUCAAAAAAUUCCUUAAGCUUGUGGCCUCUGAACAGUUGUUUAUUUAUGUGAAUCAGUCUUUUGCCCCCUCCCCAGACCAGGAAGUUGGAACCCUCUAUGAGUGCUUUGGCAGUGAUGGUAAACUGGUCCUACAUUACUGCAAAUCUCAGGCAUGGGGAUGAAGUACAGAGAAAAAGCUCUUGCUAACCAGAUGAAUCUUCACAAAGCAAACAGCUCUGGAAAAAGUUGAUACUUGUGACAAGAGACUUGUGUAUGUGAUCUACACAGCAUGUAUCUUCUAUGAAUCAUGUUUAUGCAUAAAGAAAUCCAUAGAGUAGAUGGACUCACAAAAAUGUGAUUUGUAUUAAUACACAAAUCAUCGUAAAAGAUUGGCUUUACAGUAUACCCAUUACUACAACUAUUGUUCCAGAUCAGCCACCAAGGAGUUGAAAAAGGAGCCUAAGACUGUAGAAAACUUCUUUGUUACCAGUUCUCAGUGACUGAAAUUGUUUACUUGUAGAGAGAACACUCUGCUGCUUUUUUUCCCCACUGUGAAAGUCAGUUUUCUAAAGGAUUCUUUUUGUGCGUAUUCAGGGAAGUUCAGUCUGUGUGAGGUAUGCGGUGUACAGUUAGAUCUACAGUGUUAGGGAACUUUGUCCCAUUGAUCUGCUGGCUUUAUGUCCUGCACAGUCCAGUAGAGGGCAGCCUGGCUGGCAGAAGGAGUUAAGCAGUUUGGUUUUACACCUUUGCCAGAUGACAAUGGAGGAAAAUAGAGAUUCCUGCUCAUUUCUAGCAAACAUCUAGCCAAGAGAGCAUGCAUGUUGAGACACUGGAAAGCUGCUUUAGAGAAUAUGUGUGGUUUAGAAUUAUUUUAUUGAGAAACAGAAGGAAUUUUACAACUUCUGGACAAUUGAGUCAAACUUUUCAGUCCCACCAUUUAAAUGAUUGUGAGCCCUAAUGGUUGUAACUGUGGUGUUAUUUUGUGUCUUAUUUUUACAGGGUCAGAAGCACUCGGUAAACCUGGUGACAUCUUUUGAGUUUUUUAUAAUCUGUUUUCCAACUUGAAAAUACUCGACUAAUUGGAUAGCCUUAGAGUCUAUAUGUAUUUCAUGCUGUGACUGAAAGUCCCAUUUUCCCUGAUGCUAUUUGGUAAUUCCUUGAAGUGAGAUUCGGUAUUAUAUAAUUCUGUAUCAUAGUGGUAAUGUAGCAUUUCAAAAAGCAUUCCAAUAAAUUGAAUGGAAUGUCCAAACAGGAGCUAAGAUGUA